GUUCUCACAGGGUAUGAGGCACACACCAGGGAGGCAGCUGAAAAGUGGCCCGACAGGUCUGAUGGGAAUGCAGAGGCACAGAGAGAGAGCAAUAGAGAGCAACACACACACAUAGAGAGAGAGAGGCAGAGAGGUUGCUGAGUGACUGACAAGCCUGUCAAUCUGGUGAAGUUUAAAGCAGUCUGGCUGGAAUUAAGACAAUGACAAAGUUCUGUUUGUGUUGGUGAGUGUUGAACUGGAUUGCACCUGAUUAUUUCACUAACAGAGAGGAAAGCUCAGAGUCCUGUGGACCCCACCACCACCACUAAUAGACUUGACAGACGGGAAUUUCCCUCCUCUACUAUGGCUGGCUGGAGCCGGGGGCAGAUGGUCGCUCUGAGAGUCUGAGCAGUACUCAGGAAAGAGUAGCGAGAGGAAGGGUGGGAGGACGUCCAGAGAGGGAGAGGAAGGGAAACGAGUGGACACAAGAGGAGACAUGCAACGCUACGGAUCAGGACGGUCUGUAUUCACCAGCACCACAACAACAGAGGACCCUGAAGACUUUUCAAGUGAGAGGAGGAUCAGACGCCUCAGGUUAACUCUAGUUGCGGCAGAUGAUGGAAACAAGGAGCCAACAACAGCAAACUCGGAAACGACUGAGAAGGAGAAGGACGUCAGAGUGGCAUGGAAGAAGAAGAAUGGGCUGACCCAAAGAGGCAGGCCAGCUGGCAGGGAGUCUCCUCCGCAGCAGCUCGGAGACAUGACCAAUGGGGCGCCAGAGACCGCACUGCAGAAUCAUGGGCCCAAAGUGUACGGCGUAGUGCAGAGGACGGGUUCGGACAGACAGCAGGAAGUGAUGGCGCGCGAGUGGUCGGUCAAUCACCUUCAGCGUGAGAUGGAGUACAUCAGGGAGGUGAGGGAUUCUUUAGAGAAGGUGAGAGAGAAGAUGUACGGGCAAUUCGGAGGAAUGCAACAAUCCAUGCAGAGUCUUACACAGGAAAUCAGGACUGCAAAUUCACAUCGGAGGAGUCUGGAGUCAGAGGUGAGGGUCCGGACGGAAGCCAUGGACAGCUUCGAUCAGAUGAACAGCUCCCUUAUAACUGCUAACAUUGGCCUACAGAAAUCUCUUAUAGAGAACUGUCAGAGAAGAGUGGACACGAGAGACGAUGUGAAGAGUUUGCGCAGCACCAGUGACAAAACACAAGAUAAACUCAGAGAGAAGGAGAAGGAGCUGGAGGCCUCGCAGGUUGAAAACAAGACUUUAAGGCUGCAGGUGGAGUCUGCACAGGAGGCCAACAAUCAGGCGCUGCAGGAGCUUUCAGCAAAGCUACAGCAGGAGUACGAGGAGAAGCUGCAGAAUGAACAGCGGAAUCACAGGGAGGAGAUCGAAAACCUACAGGCCCAACUGGAUGAGUACAUCAGGAGACUGGAGGAGGCCGAGACAAACAUCAGGAUUGCAGAGGCCAAGAUUGCUGACAGGGACCAGAGGAUCAUUGAACUGGAGCGUCUACUUGAGUGUAUGGGGAGGGAAAAGAGUCAGUUCCAUAAGAAGCUGCAGGAAUGUGAACAGCGCCUUCGCUUGAUGGAGCUUACAGACAAAACUGAUGCAACUGUCGCCAAAAAGUCAAAAGAGCUGCAAUCCGAAUCUGUGGCUCUCCGUGAGAGAAUCAAACACUUGAACGAUAUGGUGUUUUGCCAGCAGAGAAAAGUCAAAGGAAUGAUCGAGGAGGUUGGAUCACUGCGAGCUAAAGUGGCUCAGAAGGACAUGUUCAUCUCAGAGCUUUUGGACAGAAUUGCGAUAGUGGAGUGUGAGAAUAAUGAAUUAGAAGACAAGCUGAAGUAUUUUAUGUCCACACAGAAUAGGCGAGAAACCAACGAGAUAGGGGUAGGGUGCAAUCUGCUCCCUGGACGUGAAGAAAAAAGGCAUGAUGUUGAACCUCCUGUUCACUAUGAAGCAACUAAUCUACAUCCCAUUCAACAACCACCACCUGUUCAACCUCCUCCUCCAAUGAAACCUCCAUCAUUCAUUCUACCUGUGUUUCCCGAACACCCUCCACCCCCGAUUCAACCUUCACCCCCCACUUUACCUCCAACUUUGAUACAAACAUCCUCCUCGACACAAUCUUCACCCUCCAUGCAACCUUCAUCUCUUACAUCCCCCAUUCAAACUCCAUUCCACUCCCUAUUAGCACCCACCCAACCCAGGACGUUCAGGGCUAAUAACCCUCCACCCAGUAGGCUAGACUCCAGUUUACUGAGGUACACUCCUGUGCAAUACAGCCGGUUCCUUCAGGCCAACUCCUCUGUACCGGGUGGGACGCUAAGCUACCCCCACCCGUCUGAAUCUGAGCCUGCUGUCAGUCCAGUCCAGUCCGGGAGAGAUGAGGUGGACGCAAAACCAAACACAGACACAAGAUCAAGUCCUGAGGAAUCCACUUCUUCCCCGUCCUCUCAACCAAGAUCACGAGCACCUCAGGUUUAUACAGCGUUCAUGAAACUUAUGGAUAUAACAGCAAAGAUAAACAUAGAUAGAUCUCUAACAGUGAUGUCCUCGUCGUGGACAGAGCGGCAGGGACGGGUGGGAGAUCUGGGGAAACAGAGCAAAGAGGAGCUCCAAGAACUGCUUCUGCGACAGGAAAAGAUACUCUCGAACACGAGGUUUUUACAGAGUCUUCCUGACAAAGGGAAAAAGAUAAGAGAAUUUGCAGAGAAAGUGCACCUUGCCAUUGAACACUUUGAUGAAGAUGAGAAGAAACAGAGCCUGGUGUUUGCUGCCAGGAAAGAGUUACAGUCCAAGUACCAACAUGCUUUCACUUCACAACGUGGUGUCCCCAACGCACCCACAUCCUCACAACAAAACAUGCAACGUGAGGCUGCUGCAGGAGAUGCUGUCUCAGCUCAGGUGCAGGAAAGAAAAACUUUGGACGAGCAACAGGACAAGUCUGACUCCAGAGAAGCUGCUCGUGAAACCAUGGAGACGGCAGCGGCUGGGGCCUCUCUGAACUCUGAUGAGCGAAAGAAAGACGGGGACCUUGUUGAGGCCUUUGAACGGGUCAGACUGUCUGAAACUAAUACUGGUUUAAAAAUCAAAGAACCAGUAAACAUCCCAGCAAGAGACAAUUACUUUCUCAAAAAGCAAAUACCAAAUCAGCCUCACCAUGUUACUCUCCUGGAAAGAACGGAGAACACUUCAGCACCCAGGAAGCAAAGAUUUAAACCAAACCAGCUGCCCGACAGAGGUGACCCCUCUCCAUCAGGAUCCUUGUCGCCCAGCCGCUCUUCUGGAGCCUCAUCACCGCUAUCAGCUCAGGCCAGGAGGGAGCGGGACAGAAAGCACCUUGAUGACAUCACUUCAGCCAAAAUGCCUCCUCUCAUCUACAGUCCGGCCAAGCUUCUGUCUCUGGAGGAGUCAGCCUCACUACAGCAGGAUCAAACCAGAAGGCAGCAGGAGUUGUACGCCAAGCUGGCAGCCCAGAAACUGUCGGAGGGAUUGAAGGUCUCUGUGGGGAGCUACACUCCUGACGGCGGCCCCAUGGCGGCCUACAGAGAGGUUCACGACGAAGGAACGCAGCUCUCCUCCGACGAGGACUGACCCUGGAGGGCCGGAGCUGGGGAAACCAGAGAGAGCUUGGCCUUCUGGGAAACAGGCUUUGGACCUUGCAAUCAGGACCCAUCAAACAGGAUUUUCCCUCCAAGGACAAGUAUUCUUAAGAGACGAAAAGAGUCUUUACACCGUGUGAAGGCAUAGUUGGUAUCCCCGACUCGGCUCAGGAAAUUGAAUGGCGGGUUGAGAAACCAGCUUACCUAAUUGUCAUUCAGUAUUGGGCUCAGUAGUUUAGUGUCCUGCAGGAAUACAUAAUACCUGCUGCCGACUACAAGUCUUAGAUGCACAUUUGAAACAUGCAUCAUCAUGAGGGAAUUGUUUCAUCAUACUGAAACUGAAUAUGUCAUUAUAUUAUGAAUUAUAUUCACUUAAAACCCAUCAGCUUGUGGAGCAGACUGGACUGCAGACUGGUGACUGUUUCCAGAUCUGUCUGCAACUCCAGACAUGAGCCUGCAGAAAGUUAUGUCAGUUUGAAGUAUUACAGAAAGUGUAUGACAAUACAAUAAAUACAAUUGAUUCCUGAAAUGGUUACAGAUUAUAUUACAAACGCUGCAAAGUGCCUCGUCAGCUUCUUCAAUGAGGAUGAAAAUUGAUCUACAAUAGAUAUUCUUUCUUUUCUUUUCAUAGAAUAAAACUGCUGACUAAUAAGGCAUAAGACAUGUCUCCUUUUCUGAGUGUUAAUUUAGCUGAGAAUCUUAUAUCUGUAGAACAAAAUAAAACAUGUUUUUUAUAUAGUUUUUGUACUACUUUUGUGGUUUGUGACUUUUUGUAAAAGCCUCAGGUUACUAGCAUUAACAAAAAGUAUUCUCUGCUUCAGGAUUAAGACAGCAGGAGGCUAGUCUGAACUCUAACCUGGCAAAAACAUUUGUAUGUACAGUUUUGAAUAAAAACUUGAUGAUCUAUU